AUGUCAAGCGUAUUGCUUCGAACGUCCGAGGAAACUCGGUGCACAAAGUGGCGAGGUCUCGAGGCAUGGAAAUCACUCGUCAUGUUUCAAAGAGCUACAGAAGUUUGCACGCAAUGUGAUCUCCCUCCUGAUUUGGAUGCUCUCCACCCUCCCAGGUACAAAUUGUUUCGUGCAAGCAAUCAAGGUUACAAAAUCCGUGAGGUCCGCAUAUCAUUUGCUCUAGUGGACGUAAACAAGAAGCGAGGAGAUCAUAGGAUGCGAAAUGAGAUUUAA